AGAGAGGGGAGGGGGGGGAGUGCUCCCGUGGCUCCGGUGCAACAUUGUCUCGACAAGUAGCUAACCUCUCUCUCCAGCGUGGCACUGUCUUUGAUCGAGAGUAGACGUGUGGGCUGCGCGUUUAACUGAGGAAAAGCUCGACUUCUUUGACGAAAUAUACACCGUGAGAACUCGUAUGCAACCCGCCUGAGGAUUUACGGAUUUAUCGCAGAGAAAAAUCGUGGGAUUUGGGUUCAUUUCUCGACGGGCCCGGAUACAGCUUGAUAACCCAUAGAGAGACUCAACUCAGGUCCUUUCGUCCUGACAUGGACACAGGAAUUGUACCAGAAAAGAAAAGGGUGAGCUCGGAGCGGAGGAAGGAGAAGUCAAGGGAUGCUGCACGAUGCCGACGUGGGAAGGAGUCAGAGGUGUUUUACGAGCUGGCCCAGGAGCUCCCCCUGCCCCACAGUGUCAGCUCCAGCCUGGACAAGGCCUCGAUAAUGAGGCUCACCAUCAGCUACCUGCGCAUGAGGAAACUGCUCAGUACCGAUGAGCCAAUGGCAGAGGAAGAAAAAGAACUUGAUUUACAGCUAAACAGCUCCUACCUAAAAGCUUUGGACGGCUUUCUCAUGGUGCUCUCUGAAGACGGAGAUAUGAUCUAUCUCUCUGAGAACAUCAACAAGUGCCUCGGGCUGGCACAGUUUGACCUGACCGGACACAGUGUGUUUGACUUCAUCCAUCCCUGUGACCAGGAGGAGCUGAGGGAGAUGCUGGUCCAUAGAACAGGCUCCAAAAAGGCCAAGGAGACAAACACAGAGCGCAGCUUCUUCCUCAGAAUGAAGUGCACUCUCACAAGCAGGGGCCGCACCGUCAAUGUCAAAUCAGCUACAUGGAAGGUCCUCCACUGCUCAGGUCAUGUCCGUGUAUAUGAAAGCCACACUGAGGAGACUCCAAAUGGGCAAAAGGAGCCACCUGUUCCCUACCUGGUUCUGAUCUGUGACCCCAUCCAACACCCCUCCAACAUUGAGGUCCCUCUGGACACCAAAACCUUUCUCAGCCGCCACACGAUGGACAUGAAGUUCACAUAUUGUGACGAGAGGAUCACUGAGCUCAUGGGUUAUGAUCCAGAGGACCUUUUGAAUCGUUCUGUGUAUGAGUACUACCAUGCUCAGGACUCGGACCAUCUCACCAAGACUCACCACAACUUGUUUGCAAAGGGCCAGGUCUGCACAGGACAGUACAGGAUGUUGGCCAAGAGAGGAGGUUUUGUGUGGGUGGAAACACAAGCCACUGUCAUCUACAACAACAAGAACUCCCAGCCACAGUGUGUUGUCUGUGUCAACUUUGUGCUCAGCGGCAUCCAGGAGGAGAAACUGAUCUUGUCUUUGGAGCAGACAGAGGAUGUGAAGCCAAUAAAGGAAGAGCUGCAGCAGGAGGAAGAGGAGGUCGUAGUCGACAUCAGCCAGCCAGAGCCGUCUCCGACCUUGCUGAAGGAGGAGGUGGAGGAGAAGUUGCCAGAGGUGGAUGUGAUCAAACUGUUCACUCUGUCGUCAAAGGCACAGUCGCUGAGCCUGUACGACCAACUGAAGGAGGAGCCCGAAGCCCUCACCCUGCUGGCUCCCGCUGCCGGAGACACCAUCAUCUCCCUAGACUUCAGUUGUCCUGAUUCAGAGAUCCAGCUGCUGCAGGAUGUUCCUCUCUACAAUGAUGUAAUGCUUCCAUCUACCAGUGACAAGCUGGUCCUGCCUCUUUCCCCUCUGCCUCCCAGCGAGCCUCUCCACGUCACCACCACCACAUCUGAGGAUGUAAAAACUGAGCACUAUCCUCCAGCCACAUGCACAUCACUGGCGGGCUCCUCAGAGGCUGACAGUCCGCUGGACUUCUGUUUCCCCAUGGACUCUGAGAUGAGCUCAGAUUUCAAACUUGACUUGGUGGAGAAACUCUUUGCCAUCGAUACAGAGCCCAAGAACCCCUUCACCACACAGGCAAUGGAAGAUCUGGAGAUGCUGGCUCCAUACAUCCCCAUGGAUGAUGACUUCCAGCUUCGCAGUCUGCCCCCAGAUGAGCCUCUAACUUGUGGACCAGUCACAUCCCUUCAGAAUUCUCCAGUCCGUGUCAAACAGGACAUCCCCAGCUAUUCCAGCUCUCCAUUCAGCUCACCAGGCAGUCGCACAGCUUCCCCAGCACCACCUGAGCCAGUAAAAGCCCCUCAUCUUGCCACCAUCCUUGCUAAGAGAACCACACAGCUGGACAAAGAAAUGUCACUCGGGACCCUGGCAGCUCUGAACACACAGCGCAAAAGAAAACUGUGUGACAUAAAAGAGAUGAUUGGACUUGGAACUCUGCACCAGAGCCAACAGGAGCAGGGCAAAAAGCUGAAGCCCUCAGAGUCAGGAACAACCAGGACCAUACUGCCUUCAGAUCUGGCAAGUCGUCUUCUGGGCAGCACGUCAGAGGGCACCAGCUCCCUCUUCUCCCUGCCUCAGCUCACACGCGACGACUGCGAGGUCAACGCCCCCUUACAGGGUCGCCAGUACCUGCUGCAGGGGGAGGAGCUCCUGCGUGCUCUGGACCACAUCAAUUGAGUCAAUGCUUAGCCUGCUCACUGCUGAACUAGACUGGACACUACAAUUUCUCCCUCUCCAAGAGCCCCCAACCACCCUACCCCACCCUUACUACCCCCUUAUUUAUGUAUCCGUAUGAGUUUGACUAUAGUUUGGCUGCCGUUUGUGCACAUCAUGUGAUAUCUGCAUCAUUCCGCCGUGACAAACGCCGUAGCAGCGUCUGGUUUUUUGGUGCAAGGGAUUCAGGCAUCAUGAGAUGUCCAAUUGUUGUUUUCUUUUUUUCCGUUUUGUUUUUUCUCUCUUUUCCGGGGAGUCUCUCAGCACACAGCGCCUCGACAGAUGACCCUUUUCCAGCAGGUCACCAAGGAAACCUGGCGCUACUGCCAGCAGUGUAUUGUAAGCUUCAGUCGCACAAUUUAUAUUUUCUUAAAAAGAAAAAUAUUACCAGCAAUAUAUAUUAAGCCUUUUUAAAGUCGUUUUAAUGGGAUCUGAACAAUUUUAUUUUUCCUCCCAUACUUGUAUGUUGUAGUACUCGUACCUAACAAGAUGUCUUUAGUCCAGAAUUAUGAACAUGUUGUUUAAACCUUAGGUGGUUUGAAUGUUAUCUUCAUUAAUAGCUGUCAGUCUUUGAGGUAAAUGCAUUUAAUUGUGUAGCAGGUCCAGUACAUGUCACUUUAUUACUUUACUGUAAGUGUGUGUUACUGUACAUAUACCAGGGAAAUUUUAAUUUACUCAUUAUGGCUCCACUGCUUUGACUCUAAAAAUUAAAUGAGUCUUCAGUUUCUUUAUUUGCUUCUCAUCGUGGAGGAUUGGCAUUUUCUCUUUAAACAUGAAACAAAUUCAUGUUUUUGGUUUUUACUGUGCGUGACACACUCGGAAGAGUCUGUUUUAAAAUAAGUGGGAUCUCAACAAUUCAUAUUUUACCUGUGUGAUCAUUGUCAUCAUAGUAGCCUUUGUGAGUUGUCAAACUUGUUUGCUCAGUUAAUGGUAGUCAGUUUAAUACCAUUGAUCCAUGCCAUAUUGUUGGGUCUCUCAUGCUUCUUGUUGCUGUCUAACAUUAAAUGGCUUUAAUAAAGUA